UUACCCGCCGUCUUGUGUACAGGUCGUUUAUACGAUCCGCGGCGCAUUCUCGUAAUGACUGGCGUGCAUUUAUAAGCUCGGAACUAGCUCGUGACUCGUGCGGAGGCGUUGUGUCCCUCCAUGUGACAUCGGCGGAGUCCGAGGCAGCUCGCGGGACUCGCGGCAGGGACCGGCGCGACAUGGGGUGUGCCAGGAGUGUCUGCACCUCCGAGAAGAUAUUCAUCUUUAUCAACAUUGCCUUCGCGAUGUACAGCGGCGCGCUGCUGGCGACUGCGGCGCGGCUGGCCUGGGACCCGAGCACCUACACGUGGUUCCGGUUCCUGUGCGCGGCGCAGUACCGCGCCUCCGCCGCCUACGUGCUGGCCGCCGGCCUGUGGCUGGCCGCCCUCGUGUACCUCGCAGCAGCCACCGCCAGCGCCGCCCACGCGCGACACCCGCCCGUCGCGCCCGCCCUACACCUGUACGCGUGCGGCGUGGUGUGCCUGGCGCUGAGCGAGGUGGGGUACGGCGCAUGGAUGGCGGUGUCGUUGGCGGCCUGGUGGAGGUCGGCCCCGCAGGCCGAGCUCGCCCGCCGCGGGAUGGACCUCGUGCACGACCUCAAGCCCGCGCUGCUCGCUGUCGAGCGGUACCGCGACGUCGCCCGACCAGUCUACGACAUGAUCGAGGAGGUGGAGCGGGAGGCGCCCAAUAAUGUGUUCGUGAUCAUCAUAUUCGGUGUCUUUGGAAUGAUACUCCAGGUGGCCGCGGUGGUGAUGGCGUGCCGGCUGGCGCGGCGGUCGCAGCGAGCGUCACGGGCGUCGCCGGGCAGCGAGCACAAGCUGGCGGGCGAGCUGAAGCUGGGCGAGCGCGGGCUGGGAGCGGGCGCGGCCGGCGCGGCCGACGACGACAGCGACGCCGCCGACGCGGACGCCGACCCGCCGCCGCCCGGCUGGCGCAAGAAGGCCAACCUGCGCAUGUACACCAUACUCGACAAAAUUUUCUAGCAGGACGAGCAGUCUGUGGCGGAGCCCCGGUCGCCGCGCAGUCGGGCCGGCGGCGCUCGCUCGCGGCGCCGGGGACGGCCCGGACGGG